CGCCUGCGUCAGCAAAGAGCGGAGCUGGGGGCACCCGGUUUGAAGUCGUGUGGGCCGGAGGACUGCCUCCGUCGCUGUCUCGGACCACAGUUCCCCGGCUCUGGCGGGGACGAGCGCGGGUAGGCGGCCGAGCAGAUGCCCGAAGGCCCGAGUUGGGACGCCCUCCGCCUCACCGGCCGCUCCCCUGUGCUCCGCGGCCUGGGCCUGCGCCGCUCUGCUCUCUGGAAACUAGCGCCUCAGCGGCGCGUCGCGUAUCUCGCGGGGAGCCCCGAACCGCCGGCGCCCGGACAUGGCGGUCUCCAGGCUUGAUCGUCUUUUUAUCUUGCUGGAUACUGGCACUACUCCAGUUACAAGAAAAGCUGCUGCACAGCAACUUGGAGAAGUGGUGAAGCUUCAUCCUCAUGAGCUAAAUAAUCUCUUAUCUAAAGUGUUGAUAUAUCUAAGGAGUACAAAUUGGGAUACCCGGAUUGCAGCAGGACAAGCUGUUGAAGCUAUAGUGAAAAAUGUACCUGAGUGGAAUCCUGUGCCGAGAAUCAAACAAGAACCUACUUCAGAAAGUUCUAUGGAAGAUUCAUCUACUGCAGAUCGAUUGAAUUUUGACAGAUUUGAUAUAUGUAGAUUGUUACAACAUGGGGCAUCGCUUUUGGGGUCUGCUGGCGCAGAAUUUGAAGUCCAAGAUGAAAAAUCAGGUGAAGUGGAUACUAAAGAAAGGAUAGCACGCCAACGGAAACUAUUACAGAAGAAACUUGGCCUUAAUAUGGGAGAAGCAAUUGGAAUGAGUACGGAAGAACUGUUCAACGAUGAAGAUUUGGAUUACACCCCAACUGCAGCAGCCCUUGUGAACAAACAACCUACUCUCCAGGCAGCUGAAUUGAUUGACUCAGAAUUUCGAGCAGGAAUGAGCAAUAGACAAAAGAACAAAGCUAAAAGAAUGGCCAAGUUAUUUGCAAAACAGAGAUCCAGGGAUACAGUGGAGACUAAUGAGAAGAGCAAUGAUAGCACUGACGGGGAGCCAGAAGAAAAGAGACGGAAAAUAGCAAAUGUUGUUAUUAAUCAGUCUGCAAAUGAUUCCAAAGUCUUGAUUGAUAAUAUUUCAGACAACUCUUCCUUAAUUGAGGAGACAAAUGAAUGGCCUUUGGAAAGCUUUUGUGAAGAACUUUGUAAUGACCUUUUUAAUCCUUCCUGGGAGGUUCGACAUGGUGCAGGCACUGGACUUAGGGAAAUCCUUAAAGCUCAUGGGAAAAGUGGUGGUAAAAUGGGAGACAGCACUUUAGAAGAGAUGAUUCAGCAGCAUCAAGAGUGGUUGGAAGAUUUGGUUAUUAGACUGCUUUGUGUUUUUGCAUUAGACAGAUUUGGAGACUUUGUUUCAGAUGAAGUUGUGGCUCCAGUUCGUGAAACUUGUGCUCAAACAUUAGGUGUGGUGUUGAAACACAUGAAUGAAACGGGAGUUCAUAAGACUGUCGAUGUGCUGCUUAAAUUACUUACACAAGAACAAUGGGAAGUUAGACAUGGUGGUCUGCUGGGAAUAAAAUAUGCUUUGGCAGUUCGUCAGGAUGUAAUUAAUACUUUAUUGCCUAAAGUUUUAACUAGAAUAAUAGAAGGACUCCAGGACCUUGAUGAUGAUGUCAGAGCUGUUGCGGCAGCAUCGUUAGUGCCUGUGGUAGAAAGUCUUGUCUAUCUUCAGACACAAAAGGUACCCUUCAUUAUAAAUACAUUAUGGGAUGCUCUUCUGGAACUAGAUGAUCUGACAGCUUCAACAAAUAGUAUUAUGACCCUUCUUUCAUCCUUGUUAACUUAUCCUCAGGUCCAACAAUGCAGUAUUCAGCAGUCACUCACAGUUUUAGUUCCACGUGUCUGGCCUUUUUUGCAUCACACUAUAUCAUCAGUUCGAAGAGCAGCAUUGGAAACUCUGUUUACGUUAUUAUCAACACAGGACCAGACCUCUUCGUGUUGGCUCAUACCCAUCCUGCCUGAUAUGCUGCGACACAUUUUUCAGUUUUGUGUUUUAGAAAGCAGCCAGGAAAUUCUGGACCUCAUUCACAAGGUUUGGAUGGAACUGUUGAGCAAGGCUUCAGUACAGUACAUUGUAGCAGCUGCUUGUCCAUGGAUGGGUGCUUGGCUUUGCUUAAUGAUGCAGCCUUCUCAUUUACCUAUUGAUUUAAAUAUGUUGCUAGAAGUAAAAGCUAGAACCAAGGAAAAAACCGGUGGUAAGGUGCGCCAAGGCCAAAGCCAGAGUAAAGAAGUACUUCAAGAGUAUAUUGCAGGUGCAGACACUGUCAUGGAAGACCCAGCCACCAGGGAUUUUGUGGUUAUGCGGGCCAGAAUGAUGGCAGCCAAGUUAUUAGGAGCACUUUGUUGCUGUAUUUGUGAUCCAGGUGUAAAUAUGGUAACCCAAGAAAUUAAACCAGCUGAAUCCCUUGGUCAGUUGCUACUGUUCCAUUUGAACUCCAAGUCUGCCUUACAGAGGAUUAGUGUUGCUUUGGUAAUCUGUGAAUGGGCUGCUUUACAAAAGGAGUGUAAAGCUGUUACCCUAGCUGUGCAGCCACGUUUACUUGAUAUCCUUUCAGAACAUUUAUAUUAUGAUGAAAUUGCCGUUCCAUUCACACGAAUGCAGAAUGAAUGUAAACAGCUUAUUUCAUCAUUAGCUGAUGCUCAUAUUGAAGUUGGUAAUAGAGUAAACCACAGUGUUUUUACAAUAGAUCAAGCUAAUGACCUGGUCACUACAGUUUUUAAUGAAGUCACAUCAUCUUUUGACUUAAAUCCUCAAGUGUUACAGCAGUUAGAUAGUAAACGACAGCAGGUCCAAAUGACUGUUACAGAGACCAACCAGGAGUGGCAGUUGUUGCAGCUGAGAGUGCAUACUUUUGCAGCAUGUGCAGUUGUGAGCUUGCAGCAGCUUCCGGAUAAAUUAAAUCCUGUCAUAAAACCAUUAAUGGAAACGAUUAAAAAAGAAGAAAAUACAUUAGUGCAAAACUAUGCAGCUCAGUGCAUAGCUAAACUACUUCAGCAGUGUACAACAAGGACACCCUGUCCCAAUUCAAAGAUUAUUAAAAACCUCUGUAGUUCACUUUGUGUGGACCCAUAUCUAACACCUUGUGUCACAUGUCCAGUACCAACACAAAGUGGCCAGGAGAAUUCUAAAGGCUCCAGCUCAGAAAAAGAUGGAAUGCACCAUACUGUCACCAAGCACAGAGGUAUAAUUACACUCUAUAGGCAUCAGAAAGCUGCUUUUGCUAUCACAAGUAGGCGAGGUCCUACCCCCAAAGCAGUCAAAGCUCAAAUAGCAGAUCUUCCUGCAGGAAGUAGUGGAAAUAUCCUUGUUGAACUUGAUGAGGCUCAGAAGCCUUAUCUAGUACAACGGAGAGGAGCUGAAUUUGCCCUGACAACUAUAGUGAAGCAUUUUGGUAAUGAAAUGGCAGUGAAGUUGCCACAUCUCUGGGAGGCUAUGAUUGGCCCAUUGAGGAAUACAAUUGACAUAAAUAAUUUUGAUGGAAAGUCCCUCCUGGAAAAGGGAGAUGGCCCUGCCCAAGAACUGGUGAAUUCUCUGCAGGUUUUCGAAACAGCAGCAACUUCAAUGGAUUCCGAGCUUCAUCCCUUGUUGGUACAGCAUUUGCCUCAUCUUUAUAUGUGCCUUCAGUAUCCCAGCACUGCAGUGAGGCACAUGGCUGCUCGUUGUGUGGGCGUCAUGAGCAAAAUAGCUACCAUGGAAACAAUGAAUAUCUUUUUGGAGAAAGUUCUUCCUUGGCUGGGAGCAAUUGAUGACAAUAUCAAACAAGAGGGUGCAAUAGAAGCACUUGCCUGUGUAAUGGAACAACUGGAUGUUGGUAUUGUUCCAUAUAUUGUCCUUUUAGUUGUGCCUGUAUUGGGAAGAAUGAGUGAUCAGACAGACAGUGUAAGAUUCAUGGCUACACAAUGCUUUGCAACACUAAUUAGACUCAUGCCGCUUGAGGCAGGCAUUCCAGACCCUCCAAACAUGUCAGAAGAAUUAAUCCAAUUGAAAGCCAAGGAACGUCACUUUUUGGAGCAAUUGUUAGAUGGGAAAAAAUUAGAAAAUUAUAAAAUUCCAGUACCAAUCAAUGCUGAACUCAGAAAAUAUCAGCAGGAUGGUGUGAACUGGUUAGCAUUUCUUAAUAAGUACAAACUUCAUGGAAUUCUGUGUGAUGACAUGGGUUUAGGGAAAACUUUACAGUCCAUUUGCAUCUUAGCAGGAGAUCAUUGUCACAGGGCCCAGGAAUAUGCAAGAUCAAAAUUGGCAGAAUGUAUGCCACUUCCUUCCUUGGUAGUUUGCCCACCAACAUUAACAGGUCAUUGGGUGGAUGAAGUAGGUAAAUUUUGCUCCAGAGAAUAUCUAAAUCCAUUGCACUAUACGGGACCUCCCACUGAAAGAAUAAGGUUACAGCAUCAAGUAAAAAGGCACAAUCUGAUUGUGGCUUCAUAUGAUGUUGUGAGGAAUGACAUAGAUUUCUUUAGAAAUAUUAAAUUUAACUACUGCAUUCUUGAUGAGGGCCAUGUCAUCAAAAAUGGGAAAACAAAAUUGUCAAAAGCAGUAAAACAGCUGACAGCUAAUUACAGGAUUAUUCUCUCUGGAACACCAAUCCAAAACAAUGUUUUGGAGCUGUGGUCAUUAUUUGAUUUCCUCAUGCCAGGAUUUUUGGGUACUGAACGCCAGUUUGCUGCUCGAUAUGGUAAACCUAUAUUAGCAAGUAGGGAUGCUCGAAGCUCCAGUCGAGAACAAGAAGCAGGUGUUCUUGCAAUGGAUGCACUUCACCGCCAAGUCCUGCCAUUUCUUUUGAGAAGAAUGAAAGAAGAUGUUUUGCAGGAUCUUCCACCCAAAAUUAUUCAAGACUAUUAUUGUACUCUCAGUCCUCUCCAGGUUCAGCUCUAUGAAGAUUUUGCUAAGUCUCGCGCCAAGUGCGAUGUCGAGGAAACAGUUUCUUCAGCUGCACUUUCUGAAGAAACUGAAAAACCAAAGCUUAAGGCUACAGGCCAUGUAUUCCAGGCAUUACAGUACUUACGUAAACUGUGCAACCAUCCAGCGUUAGUCUUAACACCUCAACAUCCAGAGUUCAAGAGCACUACUGAAAAACUGGCAGCUCAGAAUUCUUCUCUUCAUGAUAUUCAGCAUGCCCCUAAACUCUCAGCUUUGAAACAAUUGCUGUUGGACUGUGGCUUGGGAAAUGGCAGUACUUCAGAGGGUGGCACAGAGUCUGUUGUGGCCCAGCACAGGAUACUGAUCUUCUGUCAGCUUAAAAGCAUGCUUGAUAUAGUAGAACAUGAUCUCCUUAAACCUCACUUGCCCUCUGUCACUUAUUUGAGAUUAGAUGGCAGCAUACCUCCUGGUCAGCGGCAUUCCAUUGUUUCACGGUUUAACAACGAUCCAUCCAUAGACGUCCUCUUACUUACAACUCACGUUGGUGGCCUGGGGCUUAACUUAACAGGUGCUGACACAGUGGUAUUUGUGGAGCACGACUGGAAUCCCAUGCGAGAUCUACAAGCCAUGGACCGGGCCCAUCGUAUUGGACAGAAACGUGUGGUUAAUGUGUACCGAUUGAUAACCAGAGGAACGUUGGAAGAGAAAAUAAUGGGUUUGCAGAAAUUCAAGAUGAACAUAGCGAAUACCGUUAUUAGCCAAGAGAAUUCUAGUUUGCAGAGUAUGGGGACGGAUCAACUUCUUGAUCUGUUUACUCUCGAUAAGGAUGGUAAAGCAGAAAAAGCUGACGCCUCUGCUUCUGGAAAAGCAAGUAUGAAAUCAAUUCUCGAAAACCUGAGUGAUCUUUGGGAUCAAGAGCAAUAUGAUUCAGAGUACAGCCUGGAAAAUUUUAUGCAUUCUCUCAAGUAACUAUCAAAUAUUGUAAAUGCAAUUGCUGCUAGUUCAGUUACAUUUCUGCUGAUAUUCAGCAAAUUUCAAAGUUUAUGGCGAACUUUUAGCUCAAUGUGUAAAUAGAUCUGAAGAAUAUUCAGCAUACGCUGGCACUUGUUUCACUGGGGGGAACAAGUUAUUCUCAAAUAUUUGCACUGUAUUAAAUUGAAAUGUUAAUGUGAAAUGGUUUAAAUUUUACAUGCUGAAUAGCUGCAGAGCAGAGGAACCAAACCAGGUUUACAUGUGCUACCAGGAGGUGUUCUUACUGGGAACAAGCCUCCUAUCUUUACAUAGUGACUUUGUACAGGAUAAUAUCCAUGAGUACUUUAGUGUUCAUGUACAUUUUUUUAUUUUAAAUGGAACUUGUUUUUAUAACUGAUUAAAAAGAGGGCUUUUUUUUUGUAUAAAAGCCUUAAUGAGCCAUAAUUUUAAGAAAUUAUUGGUCAGUCUUGGAACAUGACAGAAUGUUAGACAAUGAAUUGAACCAAGUACGUGGUGAAAACCUUUAUAUAUUUAAUGCACAGUGUUUUUCAAAUCUUUACAUCAUUUUGUCAACUUUUAAAAUAUGAUAUCAGCUAUUCUAAAUACAGGUAAUGGUCUAUUUAAGGCUACCAUAACAUCCUAUUAAGAGGGUGUUUUUUUAAUUUAUCUAAAGGCUAGGAUAUAGCCAAAUUCAAAGAACGUAUGUAUUCAAUAGGUUUCAGUCUUAUAUAUAUAUAUAAUAUAUUUUUUGUAACUAUGAACAUAUGCAGUUUUCCAGAAGUAGAUUUUACACUGUUUAGAAUUCUAAAACCUAUGCUGAAGACUGUUUAUUGUAGUAAUGCAUGACUGAAGCAUAAAAGGGAAAAAUAAUUCCCUUAUACACAAACAUACAUAAAUACACAUAUGCACAGAUGUACCUAUCCCACAUCCAGAAAGGUGCCUAGUAUUGGCACUAAAAUCAUGUAGUUAUUCUGGGCAGCAAUAAUAAUUGGGCAUGAAGCUGAUUAACUAGUGUUAGAAAAGUGAGCUCAAUGGUGAGGGUGAGUAUAUGUAUGUAUAUAUUUUAUAAAUUUCACACUCAUAACACUCAUAAAUUAAUACAUUGCCUGUGUAAACACAUAGAUGGGCUAUAUUUGUGUGUGUGUGUGUAUGUAUGUGUUGUGUGUACGUGUGUGUAUAUAUAUAUGUGUAUAUAUAUAUAUAUAUACACACACACAUACAGAUUCAUUAAUAAACAUCCCCAAGGUUUGUGGCUGGCCAUAUACAUAGGCAUCAGUUUAAAAACCGUCAGACCUCAGCUGUAAAAUAUGUCGUUUAAAAUCAUUAAAGUUAUAUUGUUCUCCAGCAUUUAGAUGACACGGACAUUUGUCAUAUUUCAGUACUUUGACAACCAUACUGUAACAUUAAACCUAGCAUUCCAUAAAAGAAUAAAAUAUCAAAUUGAAACUGUAAAGUAUAUGCAACUGUGUGUUAUUUGUAGGAAAUGGUCACUAGAAAAAGCAAAAGAUUAGAAUUAGUUCUGAUACAAAGGUUCUGAGGUUUAUCACUUUUUUCUUACUAAUUAAAUGGUUAUUUCUUCACUGUUUAGGGUUUAUAUUCAAAUUAUAGAAAACCAAAUGGAAAUUCUUGACUUUGUGUAGAGUAGCCAUUGUAUACAGCAUUAGAUACCUGAGCCAGUGCACUUGUUUUUUUUUUUUUUUUCUGGGAUCCAUUGUACACAGCAUUAGAUACCUGAGCUAAGUUGAAUGUUUUUUUAUUAACCAUUUAUUAUUUUCACAAGCCAGUUAUUUAUAGUAUAGCUCACAGUAAUUGACAUUUCCUAAUCAUUAAUGUACUGUAGUUGUUUUCCCUUGAUCUUUAAUAUAAGACAGACUUUAGAUUGGGGGAGGGUGCUUGUCAGAUGUAAAAUUAUCGUUUUCUAAUGACCAAAGAGACACUGGUUGUCUUAUCUUCUGUGGCUGCCAAAACUUUGCGGUUUUUUUCUAGGAAAAUUCUCUACAUUUGGGAUAGUAAGUUGCCAUAAUCCCCAAUUCUUGUCAGUACUCCAUGUAGACCAGUUGGUAGGAGUACAGUAUCUACUGUAUGUAUGUGAAGUAGCUAUAAGAAUAUUUAAGGAACAAUAUGUCAUUAAAGAGAGAGAAGCGGGCAGAGAAUUCAUACUGUAAAAAGGCUAAGGUGCCCCCCCCGCCCCCCACCGAUUCGUAAGGUUAGAUAAAGAGCUGGAAGUCGGAUAUUUAGGAAGUAUAAAUUUUAAAAGAAUUUCAUCCGAAAAUGUAUGGGUGUGUUUAGUAAACUAUUUCUAGACAAACAAGAAAACAGUAAUAGUGGUUCCUCAUAGAGGAAAACAGGGCUCAGGAUGAGAGGACAACUUAGUGUGACUAUAAUUAAAAAAUAACCUUGUGAACUUUGAAAAAUUAAAUCAUAUUCUAAAUUUCCAAAUAAAGAAAAACAUGUACACAGGUAAGAAGUAUACUCAGUUAAGUGACUCAUUUAAGGUCAUAGCAGUACAGUUUAAAAAUAAUGGAUACAUGGGGAAAAUUGAACUGAGUGAUGAAUGAUAUUAAAGAUAUGUUUAAAAAUGUGACUGCAUCCACAAAAUAAAGACGUUUGACUGGAGAAUGAACAAGUAUAAUAGAAUGUUGAUAAAUAUUUUCAGCUGGUUAAUGGUUAUAGUGAUUCAUUGUAUAUGCUCUCCCUUUAAAAAAAAUUUAUUAUAGAAAACUUUAAAUAAUUUAAAAAUAAUUGCAGAAUUACAGAUUGAGAUUAUAUCAGAGCCUAUUAUUGCUUCCCUACAGGAAAUUAAGUUUUUAGCACUAAAGAAAUAUUAAAAUUUGGGUUUCUCAUAGUCUCCAUGAGUCAGAAUCAAUGGCAACAGGUUUGGUGUAUGUGUGUGUGUGUGUGUGUGUAUGUAUAUAUAUCUCCGCAUACACUUCUCAAAAAAAUGUCUUUCAACAAGAACUUGUUAUAUCUGGUAAUAUAGUUGAAACUCUUUGAUGUUGAGACUAGUUGAACUGGUAUACCUUCUGAAUGGCUUAUAUGAACUUACUCCAAAGUGAAUUCUCCAGUGAAGCUGUGGAGAAUGUAACCACUUCAAGGCAAAAGUGGGGGAACUAUAAGAGCAUAUAGAAAUCAUAGAAAAGUAACAAGCAUUCCAUCAUGUAUUUGUCUGCUCCAAAUAUUUAAUUCCAAUGCAGUCUUCCACCUCCUGGUUAAAUACAGACCAUCUCAAUUUCCCAGAAGAUAUGCUGGCAUUUGUGGACUCUAAAGUUAAAUUGAUUGUAGGAACAUCUGUUACCAAGUGCCAGAGUACUCAAUGUGAAUCAAUAAAAUAAAAACUUGAGUUAUGGCAGUUACUAGAAGAUGUCUGCCAUUCACACAUGCAGUGUCAGCCUCCAUCUCUAAGAAGAUAAAAAUGGCUUCCUGCCACAAGAAAGAGUCCCUAAGAUAAAUUCACUUAGACCAAUGAGAGUUCUGCUGAGGAAUAUAGGAGUUGAUCCUAAUGUGCAUGUAGGGACAGAGAGACAUGGCUUCAGGCCUACAGGAGAAGAUGAACUACAACUUAGUCCUAUCUAUAAAGCCCCAAAGAGGUCAGGUACAACAAAAAGACAAUCCAAUUUAAAAAUGGGCAAAGGACACUUCACCAAAGAGGACAUUCAAGCGGCAACAAUCAUUAGCCAUUAGAGUGAGGCAAAUCGAAACUACAAUCAGAUACACACUCACCUCUGCAAAAAUGGCACUGAUAAACAGAAAACAACAAAUGCUGGCGAGGAUGUGUGGAGAUUGGAACCCUUAUCCACUGCUGAUGGGAUUGUAAAAUAGUAUAACCACUAUGGAAAAUGGUGUGGCACUUCCUCAAAAAGCUAGAAAUACCCAGCAAUCCCAUCCCUAGGUGUAUACCCCUGACAUCUAAUAAGAGACAUGAACAGACAGAUGCACACCUAUGUUCAUUGCAGCAGUACUCACAAUAGCAAAAAAAUGGAAACAACCUAAGUGCCCAUCAACAGAUGAAUGGAUAAAGAAACGUACAUACAUGCAUGCAACGUAUGCAACAAUAACGAUGAGUCCUCAAAACAAUGUGGAUGAAUCUGGAGAACAUUAUGCUGAGUGAAAUAAGUCAAUCACAAAAGGAUAAAUGUCUGACUGCACUUUUAUAAGAACACAAGACUAGAUACAUAUACAGAGACCAGUGCUCAAUUGGUGGUUACCAAGGAUGGAGGAAUGGUGAUGGGAGAGGGGGAAGCACUUCAAGAUAAUAGACAUUUGUUAUUUUUGGUGAUGGGAAGGGAAGCAUCGAGUGUGGGUGAAGUGCACACAGCUUGACCAAAGUAAAUGAUGUCACUAAGAAGUGCACAAGAGAAAAGGACAUUUUUGGUAAACGAUAUGACAUAAUUCUGCAAUAACAUCAACAACCAAAAACUAUGAAUAUGUGGGUACGUGUGUGUGUGUGAAUAUGUGAGUAUAUAUGCAUGCACAGAUAGAUGUAUCUAUAGGCAUAUAUACAUACAGGUAUGUGUGUGCUUGCAUAUAUGUCCAUAUAUAAUAAACCACAUAGUGGACAUGGUUAUAGAUACUUCUUAGACAUAAGCAAACACCUCGGAAGAUUGGUUUUCUGGGUUUGAAGGCUUAGGACCAUAGUUUUGUGAGGACAAAAAUCCUCAGUUAAUUGGCAUAAUACAGUUGAUAAAGUACAUGUUUUAUAUCCCAGUGUGGUGAGUAGUGUCUGGGGUCUUAAAAGAUUGAGAGCAGCCACCUAAACUAUACCUGUCAGUCUACCUAUGCAGAACAAAAGAGAAAGAAGGAAACCAAAGGCUCAGUGAAGAAAAUAGCCUACAGGACCAAUAGUCGACUCAAACCAUGGCCUCGUCUACCCUGAGACAAAAGAUUUAGAUGGUGCCCAGCUACCACUACUGACCAUUCUGAUCAGGGCCACAAUAGAUGAUUCCUGAUAGAAUGGGAGAACGAUGUGGCACAGAACUCAAAUUCUUAAAAAGUCCAGAGUUAUUGGACCAGUUAAGACUAGAGGACUCCCAAGAUUAUCAUCCUGAGGUACUUUUUACCUAAAUAACAGACUGGUUCGUAAAGAAUAUCACCUGUGAGUAAUGGGCUCCUUUAAAAAAUCUGUUUGAGACCAAAUAGUCAAAAAUUAAAGCAAAGAAGAGAAGGUAAGGGGGCAGGGAAACUAGAGCGCUAGAAAUGGUACAAACAGAGUGGAAUAAAUGAGAAUGAUGACACAUUGUGAAAAAUGUAACCAGUAUCAAAUAUUACUAAGAAAAAAAUGUAAAAAAAAAAAAAAGCUUAUGUAUUCUAAAGGAACUAGAAAAACUGCCCAUGGACCCAGAAAACCAUCUAUAAGAAAUUAGAAUUCCAGGCCUGCACCCCAGAUUAGUUUACAAUCUGGGUUUAUACUAAGUGUAUACUCUCGAAAUGUGUACUAUAGGAACCACAAAUUAAAAAAUAAUCAACUCUGAGAUUACAACAGAAGGAAAUAACAAAACUGCCCUAUAGGCACAGUUUCAGACAGAGUCUCAUAGGGAUUACCAGAGAGGGAAAAAUCCACCGUAAAAACUAAGCUCAUAAAACAAAGCAACAAAACAACCUGUAAGAGGAAAUGAGCCACCAAGAAGAGUAAACGGAUGCAAAGAGGAGAAUAAGCUAUCUCAAAACUACUAAAAAUUUGAGAGGUCAUAAAAUAAGUUACGUUUAAAAUAAUUGGAUAUAAAAAUAGGAAAAAAAAGGCUAUAAAGUUAGGUAAAUUUGUAAAAUAGUUCUCGGAAUUAAAAACUUGAUGGUUAUCACUUCAGAUUAGACAAAUUUUGUGAACGCUAAGCUGGAUCUUACAAAAUCACCCACAAUGGGAUACAGAACGAUGAAUUGACAGAAAAUAUGAAAGAGCAGGUGAAAAUCAUGGAAAAUAGAAAAUCUAAUAUAUACUUAAUAGGAGGUUCAGAAGGAAAAAGGAGGUCAUGGGAGAAAAGACAAGUUACUUUUGACUGUUUUUUACAUACCUCUGUAUCCAAUUCAUCAACAAGUUCUACCUCUCUAGCUCCAAAACAUUCCAAAUCUGUCCACCUCUCUCCAUCUCAACUAUAAUUCCCACCACAUCAUGACUUUCCUAGACUACUGUCUUCUAAUUGGUUUUCCUGUUUCCAAAUUCUCCGGUAGCUUCCUAUCACACACUGAUCAAAUCUGAACUCCUCACCAUGGUCUACAAAUCCUACAAGUUCUGGUCUCUCUUUAUUUCUCUGACUUUGUCUCUUGUCAUAUUCAAGCAUACUUACCCAGUCAAGUCAGUCUGCUGUCCUUGAUAUACAUCAACAUAAAGCCAAAUUUGACUGUGUGGAUCAUAACAAACUAUGGAUAACACUGCGAAGAGUGGGAAUUCCAGAACAAUUGUGCUCAUGAGCAACCUUUACAUAGAUCAAGAGGCAGUUGUUCAGACAGAACAAGGGGAUACUGAUUGGUUUAAAGUCAGGAAAGGUGUGUGUCAGGGUUGUAUUCUUUCACCAUACCUAUUUAAUCUGUAUGCUGAACAAGUAAUCCGAGAAGCUGGACUAUAUGAAGAAGAACAGGGCAUCAGGAUUGGAAGAAGACUCAUUAACAACCUGUGUUAUGCAGAUGACACAACCUUGCUUGCUGAAAGUGAAGCGGACUUGAAGCACUAAUGAAGAUCAAAGACCACAGCCUUCAGUAUGGAUUACACCUCAACAUAAAGAAAACAAAAAUCCUCACAACUGGACCAAUGAGCAACAUCACGAUAAACGGAGAAAAGAUCGAAGUUGUCAAGGAUUUCAUUUUACCUGGACCCACAAUCAACAGCCAUGGAAGCAGCAGUCAAGAAAUCAAAAGACGCAUUGCAUUGGGCAAAUCUGCUGCAAAGGACCUCUUCAAAGUGUUGAAGAGCAAAGAUGUCGCCCUGAAGACUAAGGUGCGCCCGACCCAGGCCAUGGUAUUUUCAAUCACAUCUUAUGCAUGUGAAAGCUGCACAAUGAAUAAGGAAGACCAAAGAAGAGCUGACACCUUUGAAUUGUGGUGUUGAUGAAGAAUAUUGAAUAUACCGUGGACCGCCAAAAGAACGAACAAAUCUGUCUUGGAAGAAGUGUGGUCAGAAUGCUCCUUAGAGACAAGGAUGGCGAGACUGCGUCUUACAUACUUUGGACAUGUUGUCAGGAGGGAUCAGUCCCUGGAGAAGGACAUCAUGCUUGGCAGUGUACAGGGUCAGUGGAAAAGAGGAAGACCCUCAACAAGGUGGAUUGACACAGAGCUGGCAACAAUGGGCUCAAGCAUAACAACAAUUGUAAGGAUGGUGCAAGACUCGGCGGUGUUUCAUUCUGUUGUGCAUGGGGUCGCUAUGAGUCAGAACCAACUCGACCGCACCUAACAACAACAACAACAAAGCCAAAUUUGUUUCCAUCUUGGUUUUGGUUCUUGUACAGCUGAGUGAAUGGUGUCACGGGGAGAGAUGUGGAAUAUUGAACAAGGAACAAAUUUCGGGGGUUGGAAGGUAGGAAAUCAAGAAUUCUCUUUUGGUUAUGCUAAAUUUGAGGUGUUGAGUAGGCAGGUGAUAUAAGAGUCUGAAGCUCUAGAGAAAGGGUCAAGAUGGAAAUUAUAAAUUUGGAAGACAGUCUUUUAAGCUGUGGGACCUAAUGAAAUCUCCUGGGGUGUAUUUCUAUUAUGGAAUACUAUACAACAUUGAAACAAAUCAAUGAGUAAGUUAAUCAAAAAUGGAUGAAUCUCUCAAACAAUAGUGAAAAAAGGAUAAAACAUACGGUUUGAGUCCAUUUAGAUAAAGAUCACGAGUAGACAAAAAACAUUGUCUAGGGAUAUACAAACACCAUCAUAAAAGCAAGGGAACAAUUAAUACAUUUCAGAAGCAUGGUUAGCAAGAUGCCAGAGAACGGUGAACUGAGAUGAGCACACCAAGAGGUUUCAGAUCAAAGCAGUGGUCUAUCUCUUAUGCUUCUUACGCUGGUAGGGGUGGAUAUGUGGGUGUUAUUUAUUUUUUAAUUUUUAUGUGUAUGUUAUAUACUUUGAUGCAUAUUUCAAAUUAAAAAAAUAAAAAUUUAAGUGACAAAUAUUUACUGAGCAACUCCUACUAAAUACAAUGAGAGAAGCUCAAAGUCCUAUGAGAGAGUACGAUAUCAAAGUCAACAACUGGUAUAGUUACAUUAAUUUCAGAAAAAAUAGCUUUCAAGACAAAAGGUAUUACUAAAUGAUAGUAUGUCAUAAUAAGAGAUUCAGUUAGAAAGAUAACUCUAAAUUGAUGUACACUUCAAAAUACGUAAAGCAAAAAUGGACAAAAUUAUAAGGAGCUAUAAACAAGCCCACUAAUCAUAGUGGGAGAUUUUAACACACCUCUCGGUAGAACAAGCAGACCAGAAGAAAAAUGUAAUAGGAUGUAGAAGAUUUUAAUAGUACAAUUAAAAAAUUUGACCUAAUUAACAUAUAUAUAACAUUCUACCCAACUAUAGAAUAUAUUCCUUUGGAGGUUCAUAUGGAACUUUUACCAAUACUGGCUAUAUGCUGAGCAAUAAUGCACAUCCAAACAGAUUUCCAGAAAUUAAAAUCACUUCCAGCCAACAUGGUGCCAAAGAAGCACCAUGCUGUCCUCCACAGCAAAGACCUGAAAAACUAAGUAAAACAGACAAACAAUCCUGGAACCUGAAGUAUCAAAGAGCUAAGCCAAGCACCGAAUGGAAUAAGAAACUGACAGAAUAGAGAGCGAGGAGAGAUAACACACAGAGGUCCCCUAUCAGCUAAUGCAGCAUGAAUUGGCCAUCUUCGACUCCUGUCAGAGAUGGCGGACAGGGAGCAUGGGAAAGCAGCUUCACGGAGCUCCCAGCAGGAGACAGAGCACCUGGUAAUCAGCAAUACAUGCUUUCCCACCUCCCCCAUCCUCUUCCCCACUGGUCUAUGUCUACACUUCCUGGCUGGCAGUGGUGGCUCGGCCAGCCAGGAAGUGCAGCAUCCGUGCUGCUUAGAUUUGUCCUGCCCACAUUGGAGAUCAGCAGAGGGAGUACGGGAGAGCAGCUUCAUGAAGUCCCCAGCAGGAGACAGAUCACCCAGUAAUCAGUGAUACAUGCUUUCCUAACCUCCACCCUUCUUCCCGACCUCUUCUGCUGACCUCUUCUGCUUCCCACCAGCCGCAGUUCUUGACUGAGAGGCAACUGCUUCAGCCCCGGGCCAUUUGGAUUCACCCCGCCAACACUGGCCGGCUCCCUGAGUGCCAUUUCUCUGUUGCCAAUGUUUUUAUUCCAUUUCUUUUGGUUUCUUAUGUGCCUCCCACUAGCUUCCCCUCCUUUCUCUCAAACACCUGGCUCCACGUGCUAUCUUUGCUUCCUCUUGAAAGGCUGUGAAGUUCUGCUUUACUGAGUAACCACUCCCCUGACCUCGCUGGUGGGAUCCCUGUGGGGUUUUUUGUUUGUUUUCUUUUUACGGCUUGGGAGCCGCUUCUAGUUGGGCUGAAUUGCACGGCUUAGAAGCCACUCCCUAGUCUGCAAAGCCACGUUGGUGGGAUCCCUGGGGACAUUUUUCUUUUUCUCUUUUUUCCUUCAUUUCUCGGUUUUCAUCUCUCUGUAUUUAGCUUCUUUUCCUGUCUCCUGAAUACCUCGUGCUGUGUGACAUCUGUACCCCCUCCAGCCAGGCUGUACUGCAGCCUGGGAGCCCCUUCCCCAGUUUUUGCAGCCACAUCGGUGGGACUCCUGGGGACUUUUUUUUCCAAAUUUUUAUCUAGUUCUUUUCUUUUUCCCCUAUUCUUUCUUUUCCUUUUUUUCCUCUGUUUCUCGGUUCUCAUCUCUCCACUCCAAUGGCAAGCUCCCUUAGCACACUUUUUGUUUGUUUUUGGCUCCUGUUUCUCUCUCCUCUUUCCCAUACCCAUAUUAGCUCCACACAUCGCAACCUCCCCCUUCCUUCCUGCCUACCUGCACCAUGUGCUGAACAUCACACCCCAAGCAACACAGGCACAGCCUACUGAAACCUGCCCAGCACUGAUUCCCUGCCUCUCCUGUCAGCCCUAGUACAUGCCACAAACAACCCAUCCCAGCCCCUCCCCUUCAGGUGGACCUGCUCUGCUGCACCAUAGCUGAGCAACUGGCCCUGCCCAUUGAACAAAGAGGUAAAAAGUAUCGUGACUACAGAUGAGCAAACAGCAAAGAACACACAGCCCGCCUGCUCAGACAUAACCAAAUAAAACAAUAAAGCAGGACAAAACAAACAGAUCUACAAUCAAUAAACGAAGAAGAUAACUGCUGGUUGUCCUGAAGACAGCAGACAAUAUAAAGACUUAUAUAUAAAAAAAAAAAAAGCAAAAACCAGGAGAGGAUGGUUCCAGUAAGCGUCCAAAAGAAAACACAAGAUGACUUUACAGUAGAAGAAAAGGCACUAGAACUACCUGGCAGGGAAUUCAGAUCUAAAAUAUUCAGAGCUAUCUAACAGUUGAAGUAAAAAAAAAAAAAAGCAGGCAAAAAUGAGGGAAAAAUAGACAAAUUCAUGGAAAAGGCAGAAAAACUCAUGGAAAAUACAGACAAAAAAUGGAAGAAUUCUGGAAAAUAAUACAGGUGCAAUAUACCAAAAUAAAUUCACAACUAGAAAUACAAAAACAACAAUUAGAAAUCCAAAAGAUAAACAAGAUUUCAGAAAUGGACCGUGUCAUAGAAGGGCUGAGGAGCAGGUUUGAAAUGAUGGAAGACAGGAUCAGAGAAAUUGAAGACAAACACUUGGCUACAACUCCGUCUGAGGAAAAAUCAGAAAGACAGAAGAAAAAUGAAGAGACCCUGAGAAUUAUGUGGGAUACAAUCAAAAGCAAAAAUUUGCAAGUGAUCAGAGUUCCAGAACGGGGAGAAAACAGAAAACACAGAGAAGAUCAUAGAAGAAUUGCUGACAGAAAACUUCCCUAAUAUCAUGAAAGAUGGAAAGCUGACCAUCCAAGAAGCUCAGCAAACCCCAUAUAGGAUAGACCCCAAAAGAAAAUCACCAAGGCAUAUCAUAAUCACACUCGCUAAAACUGAAGACAAAAAAUCCUGAGAGCAGCUCAAAAACAAAAAGUCACACAGAGAGGAGAAACAAUAAGACUAAGCUCUGAUUAUUUGGCAGAAACCAUGCAGGCAAGAAGGCAAUGGGGUGACAUAUAUAAAACCUUGAAAGAAAAAAAUUGCCAACCAAGAAAAAUAUAUCCUGCAAAACUCUUGUUCACAUAUGAUGGUGAAAUUAGGACAUUUCCAGAUAAACACAAAUUAAGGGAAUAUGUAAAAACCAAACCAAACUUACAAGUAUUAUUAAAGGAGUCCACAGUCUGAAUCUAGGAUGCAAGAUUGUACCAGCCAGAUAACAGCCUAGGAAAUGAACCCUCAAGGACUAUCCAAAACCAAAAGAAUUACAACAGGGAAUCAGAGAGGUUAAUCUGUAAAUGACAACAACAUCAGAACAAUAAGAGAGGGAAUAAACAGUGUAGAUAUGUUGUCAUUGUUGUUAUGUGCCAUCAAGUCAGUUCUGACUCACAGCAACCCUAUGCACAACAGAACAAAACAUUGCCUGGUCCAGAGCCAUCUUUACAGCUAUCGUUAUGCUUGAGCGCAUUGUUACAGCCACUGUGUCAAUCCACCUUGUCGAGGGUCUUCCUCUUUUCCACUGACCCUGUACUCUGCUAAGCAUGAUGUCCUUCUCCAGGGACUGAUUCCUCCUGACAACAUGUCCAAAGUAUAUAAGACACAGUCUUGCCAUCCUUGCUUCUAAGGAGCAUUCUGGUUGUACUUCUUCCAGGACAGAUUUGUUUGUUCUUUUGGCAGUCCAUGGUAUAUUAAAUAUUCUUCGCCAACACCACAAUUCAAAGGUGUCAAUUUUUCUUCGGUCUUCCUUAUUCGUUGUGCAGCUUUCACAUGCAUAUGAUGUGAUUGAAAAUACCAUGGCUUGGGUUAGGCGCACCUUAGUCUUCAUGGUGACAUCCUUGCUUUUCAACACUUUAAAGAGGUCCUUUGCAGCAGAUUUGCCCAAUGCAAUGCGUCUUUUGAUUUCUUGACUGCCGCUUCUGUAGGUGUUGAUUGUGGAUCCAAAUAAAAUGAAAUCCUUGACAACUUCAAUCUUUUCUCCGUUUAUGGCGAUCAUGUUAAUUGGUCCAAUUGUGAGGAUUUUUGUUUUAUGUUGAGGUGCAAUCCAUACUGAAGGCUGUGGUGUCUUUGAUCUUCAUCAGUAAGUGCUUCAAGUCCUCUUCACUUUCAGCAAGCAAGGUUGUGUCAUUUGCAUAACACAGGUUGUUAAUGAGACUUCCUCCAAUUCUGAUGCCCCAUUCUUCAUAUAGCCCAACUUUUUGGAUUAUUUCCUCAGCAUACAGAUUAAAUAGGUAUGGUGAAAGGAUACAACCCUGACACACACCUUUCCGGGCAUUAAACCAGUCAGUAUCCCCUCGUUCUGUCCAAACAACUGCCUCUCGACCUAGGUAAAGGUUCCUCAUGAGCAAAUUAAGUGUGGAAUUCCCAGUCUUCUCAAUGUCAUCCAUAAUUUAUUAUGAUCCACACAGUCGAAUGCCUUUGCAUAGUCAAUAAAACACAGGUAAACAUCCUUCUGGUAUUCUCUGCUUUCAGCCAGGAUCCAUCUGACAUCAGCAAUGAUAUCCCUGGUUCCAUGUCCUCUUCCAAAUCUGGCCUGAAUUUUUGGCAGUUCCCUGUCGAUAUACUGCUGCAGCUGCUUUUGAAUGAUCUUCAGCAAAAUUUUGCUUAUGUGUGAUAUUAAUAAUAUUGUUCUAUAAUUUCCAUAUCCAGUUGGAUCACGUUUCUUGGGAAUAGACAUAAAUAUGGAUCUCUUCCAGUUGGGCAGGAAGCUGCCUUCCAUAUUUCUUGGCAUAGAAAAGUGAGCACUCCAGUGCUGCACUGGUUUGUUGAAACAUCUCAAUUGAUAUUCUGUCAAUUCCUGGAGCCUUGUUUUUCGCCAAUGCCCUCAUUGCAGCUUGGUCUUCUUCCUUCAGUACCAUCGGUUCCUGAUCAUAUGCUACCUCAUGGUUGAAAUGGUUGAACGUCAACUAAAUCUUUUUGGUAUAAUGACUCUGUGUAUUCCUUCCAUCUUCUUUUGAUGCGUCCUACAUCAUUUAAUAUUUUCUCUAUGGAAUUCUUCACUAUUGCAACUCGAGGCUUGAAUUGUUUCUUCAAUUCUUUCAGCUUGAGAAACGCCAAGCGUAUUCUUCCCUUUUGUUUUUUCUAUCUCCAGCUCUUUGCACAUGUCAUUAUAAUACUUGAUUUUGUCUUCUCAAGCUGCCCUUUGAAAUCUUCUGUUCAGUUCUUUUAUUUUGUCAUUUCUUCCUUUUGCUUUAGCUGCUCAGUGUUCUAUAGUAAGUUUCAGAGUCUCCUCUGACAUCCUUCCUUCUUGGUCUUUUCUUUCCUAUCUUUUCAAUGACCUCUUGCUUUCUUCAUGUAUGAUAUACUUGAUGUCAGUCCACAACUCAUCUGGUUUUUGGUCAUUAGUGUUCAGCGAGUCAAAUCUGUUCUUGAGGUGAUCUCUAAAUCCAGGUGGGAUAUACUCAAGGUUGUAUUUUGGCUCUCGUGGAAUUGCUCUGAUUUUCUUCAGUUUCAGCUUGAACUUACAUGUGAGCAACUGAUGGUCUGUUCUACAGCUGGCCUUGUUCUGACUGAUAAUGUUGAGCUUUUCCAUCUUCUCUUUCCACAGAUGUAGUUGAUUUGAUUCCAGUAUGUUCCAUCAGGCGAGGUCCAUGUGUAGAGUCGCCGUUUAUGUUGGUGAAAAAAGGUAUUUGCAAUGAAGAAGUCGUUGGUCUUGCAAAAUUCUGUCAUUCGAUCUCCAACAUUGUUUCUGUUACCAAGGCCAUAUUUUCCAACUACCGAUCCUUCUUCCUUGUUUCCAACUUACACGUUCCAAUCACCAGUAAUUAUCAGUGCAUCCUGACUGCAUGUUUGAUCAAUUUUAGACUGCAGAAGCUAAUAAAAAUCUUCGAUUUCUUCAUCUUUGGCCUUAGUGGUUGGUGCAUAAAUUUGAAUACUAGCCACAUCAACUGGUCUUCCUUGUAGGUGUAUGGAUAUUAACCUAUCACUGACAGUGCUGUACUUCAGCAUAGAUCUUGAAAUGUUCUUUUUGAUGACAGAUGCAACACCAUUCCUCUUCAAGCUGUCAUUCCCGGCUAUAUGCUUGUCCAAUUCAAAAUGGCCAAUAUGUCCAUUUUAGCUCACUGAUGCCUAGGAUAUCGAUAUUUAUAUGUUCAAUUUCAUUUUUGAUGAUUUCCAAUUUUCCUAGAUUCAUACCUCGUACAUUCCAGGUUCUGAUUAUUAAUGGAUGUUUGCAGCUGUUUCUUCUCAUUUUGAGUCAUACCACAUCAGCAAAUGAAGGUCUGGAAAGCUUUACUCCAUGCACAUCAUUAAGGUUGACUCUACUUUGAGGAGGCAGCUCUUCCCCAGUCGUCUUUUGAAUGCCUUCCAACCUGGGGGCGUUCAUCUUCCAGCACUAUAUCAGGCAGUGUUUAGCUGCUAUUCAUAAGGUUUUCCUGGUUAAUUCUUUUCAGAAGUAGAUGGCUGGGUCCUUCUUCCUAGUCUGUCUUAGUCUAGAAGCUCAGCUGAAACCUGUCCUCCAUGGGUGACCCUGCUGAUAUCUCAAUACCAGUGGCACAGCUUCCAGCAUCACAGCAACACGCAAGCCCCCACAGCACGGCAACCUGACAGACACCUGAAGGGGUGUACGUAUAGAACUUUCUAAUGGAGAGGAAAGCAAGGCAAUACCAAGUAAUAAUAGGCUGGUAUGAACCUAGGAAGAUAAGGGUAAAUUUCAAGAUAACCACAAAGAAAGUUAAACCUUCUCAUCAAAUGAGAGAAGAAAAACAUAAAGUCUCAAUCAAAACAAAAUCUACAAAACAAUAGAAAUCCACAAACAAAAGGAAUUAAGCACAGGAGAGUAAGAGGAACAAAGAAAGUCUCAGCACCAUGAAAAAAGUACUACAAAAUGACAGCAAUAAUCUCACACCUCUCAAUAAUUAAACUGAAUGUAAAUGGCCUAAAUACACCCAUAAAGAGAGAGUGACAGAUGGAUAAAAAGGCCUAAAUGCACCCAUGAACUAAAAAACCAGAUCUAUCAAUAUGUUGUCUACCAGAGACACACCUUAGAAACAAAGAUGUACAUUUAUUAAAAUUCAAAGGAUGGGGUGGGGGGGGGGAAUUAGGCAAAUAACCAGCAAAAAAUAGUAGGAGUGGCAAUACUAAUCUCAGAUAAAAUAGACUUUAAAACAAAAUCCACCAUAAAAGACAAAGAAGGGCACUAUAUUAUGAUUAAAGGGACAAUCCACCAUGUAGAUAUAACCAUAAUAAACAUCUGUGCACCCAAUGACAGGGCUCCAAAAUACAUAAACUCUUAACAGCACUGAAAAGAGAAGUUGCCAGCCCCACAAUAAUAGUAGGAGACUUCAACACAUCACUCUCAGUAAAGGACAGAAAAUCUAGAAAAAAACUCAACAAAGAUACAGAAGAGCUAAAGGGCACAAUCAACCAACUUGACCUCAUAGACAUAUAUAGAAUACUACUCCACCCAACGGUGGCAAAGUACACAUUAUUUUCCAACACAUCUGGAAUGUUUUCCAGAGUAGACUACAUCUGAGGCCACAGAGCAACCCUCGACAAAAUCCAAAACAUUGAGAUAAUACAAACGUAUCUUCUCUGACCACAAAGCCAUCAAGGUAGAAAUUAACAACAGGAAAAGAAGGGGAAAAAAAACCAAUUACAUGGAAACUGAAUAAUACCCUGCUUAAAAACUACUGGGUAAUAGAAGAAAUCAGAGGUGGAAUAAAAAAUUCCUAGAACCAAAUGAGAAUGAAAACACAUCAUGCCGAAACCUUUGGCACACAGCAUAGGCAGUCCUCAGAGGUCAAUUUAUAGGAAUAGAUGCACACAUCAACUUGAACAAAUAGAAGCUACACAACUUGAACAAAUAGAAGGACAACAGCAAAAGAAGCCCACAGUGACCAGAAGACAGGAAAUAAUGAAGAUCAGAGCAGAAAUAAAUGAAAUAGAGAAUAGAAAAACAAUAGAAAGACUCAACAAAACCAAAAGUUGAUUCUUUGAAAGGAUCAACAAAAUUGACAAACCACAGGCCAAAGUGACAAAAGAGAAACACGAGAGGAUGCAAAUAACCCAAGUAAGAAAUGAAAUGGGGGACAUUACAACAGACCCAACUGAAAUAAAAAAGGGUCAUAACAGUGUUAUGAAAAACUAUACUCCAACAAUUUUGAAACCUAGAAGAAAUGGACACAUUUCUAGAAACACAAUACCUACCCAAAGUAACACAAAAUGAUGUUGAAAAUCUGAACAGACCCGUAACAAGAGAAGAGAUUGAAAAGGUAAUUUAAAAAAAAAAAAAACCUCCCAACAAAAAAAGCCCUGGCCCAGAGGGCUUCACUAGAGAAUUCUAUCAAACAUUCAGAGAAGAGCUUAUGCCAGUACUACUCAAACUAUUUCAGAACAUAGAAAAAGACACAAUACUUCCGAAUUCAUUCUGUGAAGCCAGCAUAUCCCUGAUACCGAAACCAGGCAAAGACACCACAAAAAAAAAUUACAGACCAAUAUUCCUCAUGCAUAUAGAUGCAAAAAUUCCCAACAAAAUUCUACUCAAUAGAAUUCAGCAUCAUAUCAAAAAAAUAAUACACCACCACCAAGUAGGAUUCAUACCUGGUAUGCAAGGAUGGUUCAGCAUUACAAAAUCAAUCCACCACAUAAAGAAAAGGAAAGAAUCACAUGAUCAUCUGAAUCGAUGCAGGAAAAGCAUUCGACAAAGUCCAACACCCAUUCCUGAUAAAAACGCUGAAUAAAAUAGGUAUAGAAGGGAAUUUCUCAACAUAAUAAAGGGCAUCUAUGCAAAACCAAUAGCCAACAUCAUUCUUAACAGAGAGAGGCUGAAACCAUUCCCCUUGAGAACAGGAACAGGACAAGGAUGCCCUUUAUCACCACUCCCAUUUAACAUUGUGCUGGAAGUCCUACCUAGAGAAAUAAGGCAAGAAAAAGAAAUAAAGGGCAUCUAAAUUGGUUUUGAAGUAAACUGUCCCUAUUUGCAGAUGAUAUGAUACUAUAUAUAGAAAACCCAAAAGACUCCAUGAGAAAACUACUAGAACUAAUAGAUUCAGCAGAGCAGCAGGAUACAAAAUCAACAUACAAUAAUCAGUUGGAUUCCUAUACACCAAUAAAGAGAAUGAUGAAAAGGAAAUCAGGAAAACAAUACCAUUUAUAAUAGCCCCUAAAAAAAUAAAAUACUUAGGAAUAAAUCUAACCAGGGGUGUAAAGGACCUAUACAAAGAAAACUACAAAACACUACUGUAAGAAACUAGACGAGAUCCACAUAAAUGGAAAAACAUACCAUCCUCGUGGAUAGGUAGACUAAACAUUGUGAAAAUGACAGUUCUACCCAAAGUGAUUUACAAAUACAAUGUAAUCCCGAUCCAAAUACCAACAUUCUUUAGAGAGAUGGAAAAACUUCCCAUUAACUUUAUAUGGAAAGGGAAGAAGCCCUGGAUAAGUAAAGCACUACUGAAGGAGAAGAAUGAAGUAGGAGGACUUGCACUACCUGACCUCAGAACCUGCCAUACAGUUACAGUAGUCAGAACAGCCUGGUACUGGUACAACAACAGAUAUAUUGACCAGUGGAACAAAAUUGAGAACCCAGAUGUAAAUCCAUCCACCUAUGGUCACCUGAUCUUCUAUAAGGGCCCAGAGUCCAUCAAAUGGGGAAAAGAGUCUUUCUAACAAAUGGUGCUGGCAAAAUUGGAUGUCCAUCUGCAGAAAAAAGAAACAGGACCCAUACCUCACACCAUACACAAAAACUAAUUCAAAAUGGAUCAAAAACCUAGAUAUAAAGCCAAAAACUAUAAAGUUCAUAGAAGAAAAAAUAGGACCAACGCUAGAGGCCCUAAUACAUGGCAUUAACAAGAUACAAACCACAACCAACAACACACAAACUCCAGAAGAUAAACUAGGUAACUGGGAUCUUCUAAAAAUUAAACACUUAUGCUCAUCAAAAGAGUAAAAAGAGAACCUACGGACUGGGAAAAAAAAUUUGGCUAUUACAAAUCAGAUAAAGGUCUAAUCUCUAAAAUCUAUAAGAAAAUCCAACACCUCUACAACAAAAAGACAAUCCAAUUAAAAAAUGGGCAAAGGAAAUGAACAGACACUUCACCAAAGAAGACAUUCAAGUGGCCAAUGGGCACAUGAGGAAAUGCUUGGGAUCACUAGCCUUUAGAGAAAUGCAAAUCAAAACCUCAAUGAGGUAUCAUCUCAUCCCAGCAUUACUGGCACGAAUCAAAAAAAUAGGAAAUAAUAAAUGUCGGAGAGGCUGUGGGGAGAUCGGAACUCUUAUGCACUGCUGGUGGGAAUGCAGAAUGGUACAACCAUUUUGGAAAAGGAAAUGGCACUUCCUUAGAAAACUAGAAAUAGAAAUACCAUAUGAUCCAGCAAACCUACUCCUAGGAAUAUAUCCUAGAGAAGUAAGAGUCAUCACACUAACAGACAUAUGCUCACCCAUUUCCAUUGCAGCAUUGUUCACAAUAGCAAAAAGAUGGAAACAACCUAGGUGCCCAUCAACAGAUGAAUGGAUAAACUGUGGUACAUAUACACAAUGGAGUAUUACACAAAAAUAAAGAAUGAUGAAUCUGUGAAGCAUCUCAUAACAUGGAUGAAUCUGGAGGGCAUUAUGCUGAGUGAAAUCAGUCAAUCACAAAAGGACAAAUAUUAUAUAAGACCACUACUGUAAAAACUCAUGAAAAGGAAGAGGGGGGUAGGGAUGGAAAAACACUAAAUAGAAAAUAGAUAAGUUGUAACUUUGGUGAAGGGUAAGACAGUGCACAAUACCGGGGAAGGCAGCACAACUUGUACAAGGCAAGGUUAUAGAAGCUCCAUAGACAUAUCCAAAUUACCUGAGGGACCAUAUUGCUGGACUGAGAACAGUGGGGACCAUGGUCUUGGGGAACAUCUAGCUAAAUUGGCAUAGCAUAGUUUAUAAAGAAAAUGUUCUACAUUCUACUUUGGUUAGUAGCGUUUGGGGUCUUAAAAGCCUGUGAGCGGCCAUCUAUGAUACCCCACUGGUCUCACCCCUUCGGGAGCACAGAAGAAUGAAGAAAACUAAAGAUACAAGAUGUCAUGGAUUGAAUUAUGUCCCCCCAAAAACGUGUGUAUCAAUUUGGCUGGGCCAUGAUUCCCGGUAUUGUGUAAUUUUACUAUAUGUUGUGAAUCGUGCCUCUCUGAUGUUAAUGAGGGAAAGUGGGUGGCAGUUGUGUUAGUGAGGCAGGACUCAAUCUACAAGAUUGGAUUGUGUCUUGAGGCAAUCUCUUGAUACGUAAAAGAAAGAAGUGAGCAGAGAGACAGGGCAACCUCAUACCGCCAAGAAAGCAGUGCCGGGAGCAGAGCAUGUCCUUUGGACCCUGGUCCCUGCACAGAGAAGCUCUUAGUCUGGUGGAACAUUGAUGAGAAGGCUGACAGAGAGAGCCUUCCCCUGGAGCUGAUGCCCUGAAUUUGGACUUUCAGCCCACUUUACUGUGAGGAAAUAAAUUUCUCUUUCUUAAAGCCAUCCACUUGUGGUAUUUCUGUUAUAGCAGAACUAGAUGAAUAAGACACAAGGGAAAGAUUAGUCCAAAGCACUAAUGGACCACAUCUACCAUGGCCUCCACCACACUGAGUCCAGUACAACUAGAUCGUGCCUGGCUACCACCACUGCCUGUUCUGACAGGGAUCACAAUAGAGGGUCCUGCACAGAGCUGGAGAAAACUGUAGAACAAAACUUUAACUCAAAGAGAAAGACCAGACUUGCUGGCUUGACAGAGACUGGAGAAACCCUGAGAGUAAGGCACCUGGACACCCUUUCAGCUCAGUAAUGUAGUCACUCCUGAGGUUCAUCCUUCAACCAAAGAUUAGACAUGCCCAUAAAACAAAAUGAGACUAAAGGGGCAUACCAGUCCAGGGGAAGGACUAGAAGGCAGGAGGGGACAGGAAUGCUGGUUAAUCGGGAGCCCAAGGUUGAAAAGGAAGAGUGUUGACAUGUCAUGGGGUUGUUAACCAAUAUCAUAGAACAAUGUGUGUGCUGUUUAAUGAGAAACUAGUUUGUUCUGUAAACCUUCAUCUAAAGUACAAUAAAAAAAAAAAAAAGAAAACCAUACACAGCAUCUACU